CACUUGAUUUUGACAUUUCUGUGUUUACAAUAAAUGUGCGUAUUUUGCGAUAUGUAAAAUGAAUAAAAGCCAUAAAAUUUAUAAUUUUUAACUGAUAUAGCGAAUAAUAAAUUAAGAAAAAUGUUCAAAGUACCAGAAUGGGAGACUGAUAUCCCAAAAUCUAAAGUGAAUUUUGCGAAAAAAGUUAAAACCCUAAAAUCUAACAAGGCUACAGAGUCCAUUCUUACGGAGCCUCCUGUGCAAAAUGCUCAGUUUAAGAAAAAUAAUCUUAAAGAAAAAAUAUAUCCUGAAAAAGUUACCAAUACCAACAUAGCAAUCAAAAAAAAGAAGCCAGCUAAGAAACGGAAACAUAAUGAUUAUGUCAGACGUGUAAUUAACGAAAAUGAUAUUGUACUGAAUAAAUCUGAGCUGCGGGAAUUAGAUGAAGUUAUAGUGAGUGCUAAGAAAUUGAAACUGCAAGAGCAAUACAAACAAGAGAACUGUGAAGAUCAGCUCUUCAAUAAGGAUGAAGUACAGCAAAAAACAAAUAUUAAAAAGAUAAAAAAUAAUUCUAAACAAAAGAGUGAAUGUCCAAAAAUUACCAAUGGAAAUGAUUCAAAUAUCAGUGAAUUGUCUGUUAAAAUUAAAAACAAAAAGAAAAAAAAGAAAUCUACAGAGAAUGUUGAGAAGAACAAAGACACCAAUGGCAAUAAUUUACCUGGGAAACCAAAUAAGGGCAAACACAAAAUAAUAAAUGAUGAAUCUGAACAAAUGGAUGCAGAUGACAUACCAGUAAAAGCUAAAAAAAUUAAAUUUGAAGAUGAAGAUAAAGUACAAGAAACUGUACAAGACAAUACAGGCAAUGUAAAGAAAUUGGACUAUAAAAAAAAGGAAAAGUUAAAAAAAAUAUUAGAACAAAACAACAGAAAUUCUAUCUCAAUUAAAGGAGAUAAACUUAGAGAAAGAAUGAUGGACAGGUUGAAAGCUGCCCAAUUUAGGUACCUCAAUGAAAAACUAUACACAUCAUCAGGGAAUGAAGCACAGAAAAUAUUCCAAUCAGAUCCCAAGGCCUUCAGAACCUACCAUCAGGGUUACCAGCAACAAGUUAAGAAAUGGCCUGUCAACCCCUUGGACGUUAUUGUCAAGAAAAUUUUGAAUAUGCCAAAAUCCUUCACAAUAGCAGACAUGGGUUGCGGUGAAGCGUCCCUAUCACGGCGUGUGCCGCAGUCGGUGCGAUCGUUCGACCUAGUGUCGGCGGCGCCCGGCGUGGAGGCCUGCGACAUGGCGCACACGCCGCUGCCGCGCGAGGCCGUCGACGUCGUCGUCUACUGCCUCGCGCUCAUGGGCACUGAACUCACGCAGUACUUGCUCGAGGCAAACAGGGUGCUUAAAAACGGCGGCCAACUACUGAUCGCGGAGGUAGAGAGUAGGUUCGACAACGUAGACAACUUCGUCAAGGAAGUAGAGAAGCUUGGGUUCAAGCUGAAAUCCCUGGACAAACAACACACGGUGUUCUUCUUCCUGCACUUUGUGAAGACAAAGGACCCGCCUGUCAAGAAACAGAAGCUUCCUGCAUUACAACUUAAACCUUGCUUGUAUAAGAAACGGUGAAUAAAGACAAUGGAAUUUGUA